AUGAGUUCCAUUUCAAAGGAAAUACAAUUGUCUUAUCAGUACACCAAUCAUUGUAUUAGGGCAACUGCCGUAUCGUUAUUAGACGAGUGUAAUUUUGAGGCCCGCCAUAUAAUGCGUGUUUCUGGCCACAAGUCUGAGAGCAGCAUUCGCUCUUAUUCAAGGCGCCUUUCUGAGGUUAAACAAAAGGAAAUUUCCCAUUCACUCAGUACUGCAUGUUUUGAAAGUUUAGAGAGGCAAGAGCAAACUGCAGAGGCAGAUUGUCCUUUAGUCGGAAACACAGUGCCAAGAUCACCCAUUACGAUG